CGUAUACCAAUUUAACAAAAUGCGAAUCGCGUAUACGAUUGAACGUUGCUAUGCGCACCUGUCGCUUACAUCAUUUGACAUAUUAUCGGACUAUACAGAACUAAAUUGUGACUCGGCAAAAAUGGAAAAUAACGUCUUAAACGAUCGAAUUAACGAUGGAGAUUAUACAUUAAGAAGGAAUUAAUGAAAUGUCUGUGAUAAUCAACGAUGCAUAAAAAUGUUUUAGAUAGCAACAACAUUGUUUAUUUAUUUGUAAUCUACUCGGCUGAUGUAUGUCAAGGAAACAAGUGUUUGCAUAUUGUUAGCGAUCAAUUUACUCGCAAUGUUAUUUUAAACAUCUGUCGAGAUUAUUGUUAGAAAAUGGGAUAAGACAAACAUGGUUUCAUUUAUAUGUUAGUGGAUCUGUGUAUAGUCAGAUUCAUAUGCAUAUAUUGCUUUAUUAUGUUUGUCGUGCUGUACAGUUUAUUGAUACAGCAUGGAACUUAAAUGUACAUUGCAAGGUAAAUAUAUUAAUAUAAAUCAUAGUAAGUUAAAUACAUCUAUUACCAUUAAAUGUGCUUGUUUAUAUGUUAUUUUUUCCACAACUGCUUCUGAUGCGACUACAUGUUUCCCCGUAAUUCAGGUAUUCAGGGAACGUUUUUGCCCUUUUUUGCCUAAACGGCGCGCUAAAAUGCCCUUUUUGAAAGUAAUGCGCCAUGCCCCUUUGCCCUCCUGGGAAAAACACUACCAUACUGGACAGGUGGGGCUUCUUCCAGAGGUUGUCAUGGUCACCUUACCGGACAGGUUGGGUUGUCAUGGUCACCAUACCGGACAGGUGGAGUUUCCUCCAGGGGUUGUCAUGGUCACAAUGCUGGACAGGUGGGGUUUCCUAUAGGGGUUGUCAUGGUCACCAUACUGGACAGGUGGGGUUUCCUCCAGGGGUUGUCAUGGUCACCAUAAUGUACAGAUGGGGUUUCCUCCAGGGGUUUUCAUGGUCACCAUACUGGACAGGUGGGGUUCCCUCCAGGGGUUGUCAUGGUCACCAUAUCGGACAGGCAGGGUUUCCUCCAGGGGUUGUCAUGGUAACCACACUGGGCAGGUUGGGUUUCCUCCAGGGGUUGUCAUGGUCACCAUACUGGACAGGUGGGGUUUCCUCCAGGGUUUGUCAUGGUCACCAUACUGGACAGGUGGGGUUUCAUCCUGGGGUUGUCAUGGUCACCAUACCGGACAGGUGUGGUUGUCAUGGUCACCAUACCGGACUGGUGGGGUUUCCUCCAGGGGUUGUCAUGGUCAGCAUACUGGACAGGUGGGGUUUCCUCCAGGGGUUGUCAUGGUCACCAUACCAGACAGGUGGGGUUUCCUCCAGGGGUUGUCAUGGUCACCAUACCAGACAGGUGGGGUUUCCUCCAGGGGUUGUCAUGGUCACCAUACCAGACAGGUGGGGUUUCCUCCAGGGGUUGUCAUGGUCACCCAGUUUUUUUAAAACUGAUUUUGGGGAAAGGGCCUGGCCUUUUUUGAGUGGAAAAAAAUGGCGAAAAAUGCCCUGGAUUUUUGGGUUAAAAAUCACACAAAACGCCAGAUUUUGGGGGAAAAUCAGGAAAGUCUAAAAUAAUCAAUUAAGCAUAUUUUACUGUUUUAAUACUUUUUUUUCAAGGAAACAGAAAAUUUUCAGCGGGUCACAAAGAAGGAAAAAAAACCUGUCACCAUACCAGACAGGUGGGGUUUCCUCCAGGGGUUGUCACGGUCACCAUACCGGACAGGUGGGUUUUCCUCCAGGGGUUGUCAUGAUCACCAUUCCGGACAGGUUGGAUUGUCAUGGUCACCAUACCGGACAGGUGGGGUUUCCUCCAGGGGUUGUCAUGGUCACCAUACCGGACAGGUUGGGUUGUCAUGGUCACAAUACCGGACAGGUGGGGUUUCCUCCAAUGGUUGUCAUGGUCACCAUACGGGACAAUGCCACACUAAAAUUAAAAAUAUCAUUCAGUAAAGAAAAACAGCUGGAAAUUGUAGCUGUAAUUCAAAAUUCGUCAAAUACUUAAGUCCAAUAAUGUAUUAGGUAGGAGUGCUGGGACACACUCGGGGUCCAAAGAUAAUGCAGCCACAGAUGCGUAAGGACCUCAUAAACUUUGACAUACACACACAUGCACAUCGCAUGAACUUGUGU